AUGCCUACAUUUCAAUCUAAGACUUUUCGUCGAGCGACGACAGCUUCAUCUUCACUCAGUGAGAAGCUUGGGGCUAUCUAUCGGGCGCGACUAUCACGGCACCCUUUUCUUCUCUUCGGGCUUCCGUUCAUCUCCGUCAUUGUGGCCGCAUCCUUUGCUCUAACUCCCGCGGCAGCCUUACGCUAUGAACGUUACGACCGUAAAGUCCAGCAAAUGAGCAAAGAGGAAGCAUUCAAUUUGGGUCUCAAGGGACCUGAUGGAGAAGAAGGGAUCAAACGUAACCCGCGCAGGAGAGUUAUUGGCGAUGAACGAGAAGAGUACUAUCGCCUUAUGGCCAAGGACUUGGACGAUUGGGAACAGAAACGAGUCAAGAGAUUUGAGGGUGAACCAGAUGGUCGAAUUUGA